AUGAAAAAGAUCAAAGGAAGCACCUCAAAUUCAGACCGAAAUGAAGAAAUUCCAGUGGAUAUCUUGCUGACUGAAGUAUUUGUUCGGCUGCCAGCUCAAUCGGUUGUUAGUUGCAUGUGUGUUUGCAAGCGCUGGUACAAUUCUAUUAGAAAGACUAGUUUCACUGAUUUCUAUUUGAAAAAAUAUAAUUCAUAUGCUGAUAGUUACCUGAUUUGUGGUGGUGAAGAUUCGUUUGGUUUAGUUUCGUGUAAAUCAUUAAAUGUUAUUUCCCAUUAUCCUUACCCGUCUAAAAAGUUUUCUGAUGAACACGUGCAAAUUGUUGGCUCGGCUAAUGGUUUGUUGUGUUUGUUUUCGUUUGAUCUUUCAUAUGAACCAAUUUAUUUGAUGAAUCCGUCUAUUAGGAAGUAUAAGGUUAUUGAUUCUUCGGCUAUUGUCCACCGGACAAUUGGAAUUGAUACUAGAGUGAUGCUCGGAUUCGGGUAUCACCAAAAAAGUAAGGAUUAUAAGAUUGUCAGGUUUCUGGAGCGACAGUGGGUCCAUAGCUGGCACCCUGGAGAGUCGGAUGUUGAGAUAUACUCCUUGUGCAGUGAUGCUUGGCAAGAGAUUCAAGUACAAUGUUUCCCUUGGAUUGUACGAGAUGAGGCGUCAUCAGUAAUGUGCAAUGAUAAUCUUCACUGGAUUGCACAUAAUUGUGAUCGCAAUGAUCUGGUCGUCUUGUCAUUCAACAUUGAAAAGUAUGUAUUGGAAGAGGUGAAAUUGCCUGAUCUUUCGUUUCAUACAGAUUCUCCUCUAACUGUGACAGCAGUUGUUCUGAAGGAAUGUCUUUGUUCAUUUGGGUACGUCCUUCCUGUGGGGUCAGGUGAAGAAAUUACUAGAUGCUACUUAUGGAUUAUGAAGGAUUACGGAGUGGCUGAGUCAUGGACAAUGUUAUAUGAGAUCGAUUGUCAAGUAAAAAUUCGAAGGUACAUUAGCUCUACAAGGGAAGACGGACUAAUCUUGGAAGACAUCCAUGAAAAUAUUCUUUUGUACAAUACUGAGACCAGAAGCUUUGACCAUCUGAACAUCCCUCAGAAACCGUUUUUGGUAAAGAUUGUUCCCUACAUGGAGAAUGAAGAUAGUGACGAUCUAGAACAGUUCUCAGAAGAUUAUUCUAAUGAAAAUGAAGCAUCUGAAGAAGAUUAUUAUGAAAUCUCUGAUGGAGAAGUCUCUGAGGGUUCUGACAAAGAACUUUCUGAAGGUUCUGACAAAGAACUUUCUGCAUAUCAUGACAAGGAGUCUUCUAAUCAGGUUCUCAAUCGCGCUCUCAAAGAGGGAGGUACAAGUGAUCAGAGAGGUGAAAAGGAUAAACAGUUGUCCGAAAGGCCUACUGAUAGCUAUUUUGAUCGUUUGGUGGAUGAAGAAGACAGUUCUGACCCUCAAUGA